AAAGAGCAAUUUCUGUCUUCGUUUCCACUCGACUUCCACUCGACUUCCACUUCUUACGUCCUCUCUCUCUUCAACCUGACACUUCCAACAUGACAAACACCUUAGUUCACAAGUAUCAAACCCUCAAAAAGACAAAGUGCUCCAAAAGGCCCACCGCAGAAGAUGUCUUCCUCCAGCACCCCAAAUCAGCAUCCAGUCCGUCGUUGUUCAGCCCUGCGCAACCCAAAUCCUACCCGCUCUUCAUUGCAGAGCUCAUCUCCGCAUUUAAUUCCCUAUCUGCAUCCACCGCAUCCCCUACCUCCUCCUCGACUCUCCAUACCUUCUUUCAGGGUGCUGACCAUGAAGCCCACGUCAGCGGUCAACAAAAGAAGAAGGUUGUCAAAGCCCUCCAGCAUGCCGACCCGGCCAAGGUCAAUGAGAUAAUCGCACUUUUAAAGGCCAUGCCUGACCCAACUGCAGAGUCGACAACAGCGAAUCAAUCAGAUACCAAGAAGUCAACUGCUCGCGCAUCAAACCCCGGGACCGAGGAUAGGAACGGAGAGAAAAAACGGAUCAAGAAGGAGCAGGAGCAGCUCGACAAAGAACUCGCGGAGUGGGACAAGAUCGACAAAAAGAGAUCAUGGGAGACCCCGAAAAGCAAUGAUCAGGCAACAGGCAUCGUCGACACAGAGUCUAACAAAGGCCCAACAUCAACCUCUUGGUGGUUCUCGUCCCCAGCCCCAGCCCCAGCCUCGGCGCCCGCGGCUAUCCAGGAUGACAAGGAGAACAAGAACCCAGCUGGAUUCGGGUCUCUCUGGUUGACGACAAAAACGAAACCGUCUAUGGAUCCAUCGUCGGCAAAGAAACAACAUCAGGACACGCCCAAGAAAUCCCUCUCCUCUGGUGAGCAAAUUGCUCGGGCAGCAGCAUCCCUUUUGGCAAUAGCUGCUUCCUCCAAGCCUAAAGAACUCAAGUCAGACACCAAUGCGACCAGCAAAUCCUCCGCCCUCCAUCGCCAGUCAUCCAUGCCUAACAUCAAUAUCAAGAGCACGGCCUUGAAGGCUCUACUUCCAACCUCCAAAUCCAUGCCGACUGGGUGCAAAAUCGAUCCUAAGAAACGAUCAACCACGGAUAUCGCAGUCUCUGCAGAUUCUCCAUCCUAUCUGGUUACCACCAUCAACUCCAUCGCAAAACAGUUCCUUUGGUCGCAACAAGGCCCUCCGUCGGCGUACACGGUCAGCGCCUACACGUUUUGGUGGGGCUUUGAAAUCUAUGUGCCCCACAAGUGCAUGGCGACCAUUGAACGCGUGUCAAACACGGGCCAGAUUUUCUUCAACAUCCUGACGGGGGCCAUUGCUGGCAUCCCUGGUUUGGCUGCCCUGGUUCCCAUUGCAAAGAUCAUCUCAGCAUGGGUCGAUUAUCAAUGGUCGGUGAUCAAGGCUGAAGAUAUGGGCAAGGGCGUGGUCAUCUCAGCGACCUGGGUCUUGCCCGUCGCACUAGCAAGCCGAUCAUGGGACCGUCCAAGCUGUGAAAGCCUUAAAUCAAAGCUCAAGCUCACUGGGAUGUAAUCCUAUCCGCAACCAGUGCUGCAAUAUACCAGAACUACCAACCUAAUAAUAACAAUAAUAAUAACAAUAAUAAUAAUAAUAAUGACAAUAAUGACAAUAAUGACAAUAAUAAAUAGUACAGCAUAAUAAGAGGACCC